CUUAAGGUCAAUCUGCAAGUCUUUCACUUUGAAAACCCUCUCUCUCUCUAAAAAUUCGAUAGAGCAGAGAGAGUCUAGAGGGAGAGACUAAAGGAAAGGGGGGCAGCUUAAGCUUCUCUCUUUGUUUUGGGCUUUCCUUUACAUUAAAACUUCCAUGGUACCUUCAAGCAACAACAACGGUCAGACCGUAAUCCACCACUUCGGCGGCGGUGGAGACGGCGGAUUCUGGUCGGAUUUGGCGAAACCUCCUUCUAAAACUGAUUUCUCCGUCACUGCCAUUGCCGGUAACGCUUUCUUCGCUACCGUUUUUUACACCAGUACUAGGUGAGAAAAAAAAAGGAAAUGAAAAACUGAUCCAUCGUUGAAUGCUAAAGAAAAAUUAAAAUAAAAUCUCAGAAAACCCUAGUAAGGACACGUAGUGAGAGUAGUUGAUUAAAUAGGAAAAAAAAUAAAAUCAAAUCGUAAUAGAUGAAAGCUCUUAGACGAAGUCAGACUUCGUCUUCAUCUUCGAACUCGCCUUCAUCGUCAUCUUCUUCGUCGUCUUCGUCAUCGUCGUGGACUUAUUUACGUUCGGUUCUUUUCGUUGUUACUUCUUCUUCACCGGCUGCCUGUUCUUCCGCUGAUAGUGGUAGACUCAAAUCACCUUGGUCUCGCCGGAGAAAGAAACAUGCCCUUUCACCUCAGCAGUGGAGAAGUUUGUUUAACCCCGAUGGUAGACUCCGGGAUGGCGGGAUCAAGUUCUUGAAAAAAGUUCGCAGUAGGGGUGUUGAUCCCGGAAUUAGGGCUGAGGUCUGGCCAUUUCUUCUGGGAGUUUAUGACUUAAACAGUUCUGAAGAAGAACGAGAUGCUGUUAGAACUCAGAAAAGGAAGGAAUAUGAAAAACUUCGAAGAGAGUGCUCCCAACUCCCAAAACCCAGCACCAGGAGUUUUAAUUUGACUGAAAUUGGUGGAACUUGUCAAAAUGGAGACAGUGAAAGUCUUAAUCAGGAGACAGACACAUCUAGCUCUGAAGAGGGGGUUAGUGCCCGAGAAUCUCUGUCUAGCGAGGAAAGGAACCCAAAUGCUGACUACUCAGAUGAACCAUCCAAUACUUUAAUGGAAGGAGAUGAUAGUUCAAGAAGAACAACAAAUGCUGAUGUAUCGGCACUGAACAGCGAGUCAUCAGAUUCCGACUCAUCUGAAGACCCUGAAGUGAUUCAGGGUUCUACCUUUCUGGAUGGCGAGGAGGAGAAUGAUACUGAUGUGCCUUUGAAAAGGAAAUUUUCUCCCUCUACCAAUGAAUGGCUAUCAAAACUACAUGCAACUGAAGAUUUUUCCACCUGGCAGCGAAUCAUUCGUUUAGACGCCAUUCGUGCCAAUACUGAAUGGAUGCCAUACUCUGUUUCUCAGGCUGCAGUAUCAGAUCGGAGGGCACGCCGUUUAGCUAAGGCUGUUGGAUUAAAGGAUUAUGAUCACCUGGAGCCUUACGUAAUUUUCCAUGCUGCACGUUUGGUUACUAUCCUUGAAGCUUAUGCGCUUUACGAUCCCGAAAUUGGCUACUGCCAGGGCAUGAGUGAUCUUCUUUCUCCAAUAAUUUCAGUCAUCCCAGAUGAUUAUGAAGCUUUUUGGUGCUUUGUAGGUUUCAUGAAGAAAGCUCGACAUAAUUUUAGGCUUGAUGAGGUGGGGAUCAGAAGGCAACUUAAUAUUGUUUCCAAGAUAAUCAAAUGUAAGGACUCUCACCUCUACCGGCAUCUGGCGAAGCUCAAAGCCGAGGAUUGCUUUUUUGUUUAUAGAAUGGUGGUGGUACUGUUUAGAAGGGAAUUGACAUUCGAACAGACAAUUUGCCUCUGGGAGGUGAUGUGGGCAGAUCAGGCAGCCAUUAGGGCUGGGAUCGGGAAGUCCGCCUGGAGUAGGAUAAGACAAAGAGCACCCCCUACAGACGAUCUAUUACUUUAUGCCAUUGCAGCUUCGGUGUUGCAGAAGAGGAAAUUGAUCAUUGAGAAUUAUGGCAGCACAGAUGACAUUAUAACAGAGUGCAAUAGCAUGUCGGGCCAACUCGAUGUAUGGAAACUCCUAAACGAUGCACACGAUUUGGUGGUAACUCUUCACGACAAGAUAGAAUCAACCUUUUGACUGUUACCGAUAAAUUUAUGUGCUUCGAGUUCUUUUUUGGACCUCAGUGCUGUUAGUAUUUCAAUCCUCCUGCUGAGAUUUUUUUUUUUUGCUUCAAAGCCAGUUGCAAUUGCUUAUUUAACAGAUAAUAUGAAGACCAUUAUUACCUA